AUGGCCGAAGCCGGAGUACUGCCUUUCGACCUGCUUGUUUUACAACUUCUAGCACGACUAACAAUCCGGCUGCAAGAAAAAAGCUGCGACGCUUCGAACCUCCCAGUGGUCCGCAGAACUAGAGAUCUUUUCACUAGAAAGACCAAUUCGACCAUUCCCAACACCUGCCGACGGCCAAGAUCAACAGACCGUGAAUGGAAUGCACCGAAACCGCUCAUAAUAUGGGACGUGAAGCAACAAAUCAGAGCUGGUGACCCUCCAGAUAAGGUUCGCCCCGUAGUACAUGAAGUAAUUGAGCGACGCUUACACGGGUACACCCUGCUCUACACCGACGGGUCCAAAGGUGACGAAACAGUUGGGUCAGGCUUGUUCGGGAUAGGCAUUUCAAAAUCGGAAGCACUACCACAACACUGUAGCGUUUUCUCUGCGGAGGCUCACGCUAUUAACAUGGCACUUAAGUUCCGGCACUCAACCCCAAUAGCCAUCCUAACAGAUUCUGCUAGCUGCCUAUCUGCUCUCGAAUCCGGUAAAUCUAGUCAUCCCUGGAUCCAAAACAUCGAGAAGGCCAUACGGAACAGAAACGUCCAAUUCUGCUGGAUUCCUGGCCACACCGGUAUCCAAGGAAAUAUCAUGGCUGACCAUCUGGCGAAACAAGCCAGAAAUAACAACCCACAGGAAGCCCCCAUACCAGCCAUGGAUGCAGUAAGGGAAAUCAAACACACCAUACGACAGCAAUGGGACCUCAUUUGGCACGCAUCACGGGACAUAAAACUACGCGAGAUUAAACACACCACCAACCCAUGGAACGACAGCAAAAAUGCAGCUGACCAACGGGUGCUAACACGACUCAGAAUUAGACACACUAGGCUUACUCAUGGGUUCCUGAUCCAAAAAGCUGAUCCACCUGAAUGCGAAUGUUGUGGAACCACUGUGGAUGUUCGGCACAUCUUGCUGGACUGCAGAAAAUAUCAAGACGCACGGAUAAAUGCCAACAUCGAUGCAUCGAGUCUUCAAACAGUUCUCAAGAACAACACAGAUGAUGAAAACAAAGUUAUAACGUAUCUCAAAGAAUCCAAUCUGUACAACCAGUUAUAA